AUGCCUCGCCGCCCUCGACCAUUGAGAAGAGCGCCUCCACACAAUCUAGGAACACCAAAGAAAAAUCAGAAAAAGGCCGUUCCCGAGAUCAAGCCAAAGGCCGUACCGAAAAUCAUCCACUUCGCAGAUGCAGAUUCCGAAAGUCAAAGUGAGAAUGGUGGUGCAGACAACGACGAAGAGGUUGAAGAGUUGAAUGAAGAUGAAGAUGAAUCCUCAGAACAGGUUGAAUUUGAGGAAGGUUCGAGUCAGGGAACUGGGUUAGAAGAGGAUCAUGGGCAAGAUGACGAUGUAGAUGCUGAUGCACCUCGAGUCGCGCAAUGGGAAGAUGACGAAGAAGAAAAUUUCAUGUACAAGAAACCUAUCGAAGAAAAGUCUGCUAUGGGGGACGGAACGGAGAAUUUACCUUUGGGAGCUCUUCGUCGCGCUCAACGUAUCCUCAGUCAGGCCGAGCCCGAAAGUGAUUCAGACUCGGAAGCGGAUAGCGAACGUAUCUCGAGUAACAGUGGAUCAGAAACGUACAACACUAAAGGGAAAGGCAAAGAGAAAGGCCAAAAGGUUGAAUGGAGUGCAAAACCACGCACAGACAUCACUAAGAGGUCAAGCAAACACGCACCUAUGGAAGUUACGUCCAAAAAACCUGUUACUCGACGAAGAACUGUCAUUGAAGUCCCCAAGAUUGUACCACGCGAUCCGAGAUUCCUUCCCACUGCCGGAGAGUUCUCAGCAGACAGAUUUUCGAAAUCGUACGGGUUCCUGGUGGAAAACCGUAAAAGAGAAUUGCAAACUUUGCGAGAAACUUUGAAGCAAGCGCGUAAAUUGCUCUCUUCGUCUCCCAAGGAACUAAGAAGUGAGCGGGAGCAUGAAGUGUAUCGGUUGGAACAGGCCAUCAAACGAACAGAAAGUUUGGUGAACAAGGAUCGACUCGACCAGGUACAACGGGAAGCGCUGAGCAAAGUCAAGAAGGAAGAACGGGCGAAACGAAGUGAGGGAAAAGGAGCAUGGUAUUUAAAGAAAGGCGAACAACGAAAGCUGAUUGUACAGGCGAAAUACGAAGCGCUGGCCAAGGAAGGCGGACAACGUGCUGUGAAGAAAGUGAUGGAGAAAAGGCAAAAGAAACAGAGUCAGAAAGAGAAGCGAUCCCGACCGUAUGCCAAGGGAGAAGAGGGACUCAGUCGCAAACGAAGCUCGGAUUCAGGGUGGCCUACUGCCAAGCGACAACGAGUAGUUUAG